GACGCAAUAGUUGUUUUGGAGGAAGUGAAAGAGGGGAGGAAAAAAAUCAGUCUAGGAAAGAACCUCUGAGAAAGAAGCCAGAGCAAAAGGUACAAGCCAACCAAAUCGGAACUGAAACUAUAGCUAGAUAUUUGUAUUUAAAUUACCGUGGAGAGAGUCUGGAAAUACUAAUCGGGAAGCUGGAUAUCAGAGCGAUAAGCAACGGCCACCAAGUCUGAACAUUAACAUUUUAUCUGGCUAGCUUGCUAGCCUGAGACAUUUAUUCAAAUCCAGUAAAAAUAGGCUGUCCUGAGACAGCAAGUCGGAAAACAGCGUUCUGGUGUGUUGGAAGUUGAAGGUAGGGCAGUGGUGUCAAACAAAUUUUGCCCUGGGGCACCACAUUCGUUCUUCAUUAUGACUCGACAGAAUGACAUCCAGGAAGAAAGUGCUCCUGAAAGUCAUCAUCCUGGGGGAUUCUGGAGUUGGGAAGACCUCCCUGAUGAACCAGUAUGUGAAUAGGAAGUUCAGUAACCAGUACAAAGCUACAAUAGGAGCUGACUUCCUGACCAAGGAGGUGAUGGUGGACGAUCGGCUCGUCACAAUGCAGAUCUGGGACACGGCAGGGCAAGAGAGGUUCCAGUCUCUGGGUGUGGCGUUCUACCGUGGGGCAGACUGUUGUGUGCUGGUGUUUGACGUAACUGCCCCCAACACCUUCAAGACUCUAGACAGCUGGAGGGACGAGUUCCUGAUCCAGGCCAGUCCCAGAGACCCCGAGAACUUUCCUUUUGUGGUGCUAGGCAACAAGAUCGACCUGGAGAACAGACAGGUGACGACCAAGCGGGCUCAGGCAUGGUGUCAGAGUAAGAACAACAUCCCCUACUUUGAGACCAGUGCCAAGGAGGCCAUCAACGUAGAGCAGGCCUUCCAGACCAUUGCACGCAACGCCCUCAAACAGGAAACUGAGGUGGAGCUGUAUAAUGAAUUCCCGGAGCCCAUCAAGCUAGACAGGAAUGACAGAGCAAAGACUUCAGCAGAGGCCUGCACCUGCUGAGGGGGAACAUGGACUAUCUUCUGUCUGGCUUUCUGGAAAACCCUUCUCUCUCCUCACCUGCUCCCCUUUAGGGAAAAGACUGCAUCUCUGGUCUCUGCACCCAUGUCACAUCCCCCUCCUACCAUAAUCACACUAAGUUCCCAGUUACACACACAAUGAGUAUAUUGCUCCUCACAUGCACCCCUAACACACAUUCCAAUGAUCAAAGAUCACGAGAGAAGAAUUUGUAGAUCCCUGCCUGCCUGUUCCUGAAUCCAUAUCAUGAGUGAACCCACAACCUGGCCCACCCACCCUGUCUAACUGUGUCCCCUCUUGGCCUCUCAAAUUGGGGGGACCAGAUGGAGCCAUGUCCUAAGAAUGCAGUGGGGAACUCUAGAAGUGAUGGCUGAUGCUUUUUUACAUGAUUAUGAUAUCUUUGUGUCAUUGUCCUGAUACUUCUUAUCCUGUAUUUUCUGUUUAUCAGGAAUUAGUUUUGACUUGAAGUUCUAUAUUGCCUACCUAGCUCUUGUCAAAUAAUCAGCUGAAUUAGAAGUUAUUUUUGUUCUUAUUGGCUGUCUAAGUUUAAGCCAUCAGAAGCUUAUACUUGUUUUGCACUUUGUUGUUUUACUGUUUUUUUUGUUUUUGGGGGGGGGGGGUGGAUUUAAACGUUGAACUCUGAUUUGAGCAGUGUCGGCUAGACCAACAACAAUACUACUCCCACCAUACUUCUCUACUACCCCUAGGAAGCCUGUUGAUGCUAUAAAAAUAGAAAACAGAAGGCUAACUACGCCCUUUGUAGGGACUGGAGUGCAUUGGUUGGUUUAGUAGCCUCAUGUUGCAGGGGAAAUAUUUAUACGUAGGCAAUGACGAGAGAAGCUGAUCACACAAACAAUGAAAGACAAGAACUUUCUUCAUAAGAUAAUAAUACUAUUUGCUACUUAAUACUACUAGAACUACUGCUACUAUGUGCUGUAUGUCCUUUGUCAGCCAUCUUGUUUCAAAACCAGAAUUACAGCUCUGUCCCUAUUUACAUCUGUCCACUUAUGUCUGUAUUCCCUGUCUGUUUUUCUGUCUGCUGGUAGCUCAGUAUGGCAAGAGUGCUUAAUAUUACUUUAAUUGAUUGUGUGCAACUAUUGUGUGUAGAUAUAAUAGGGACAGUCUUUAAAAAAUAAAAAAAAAACAAGUUGAGAUGAAACAUAAUGGGAUGAGCUUCCUAUCAAUUAAAGAAACAGUCCAAGGAUUUGCCCUCUUAACAAAAUAAUCAGUGUUAUGCCAAUGAAUUUGUUGAAAGUAAGUCUUGGGAUUUCAAAAGUAAUAAUAAAAAUGUUGAAUAUAA